UUUUAGUUCUUUUUUUCUUUUUUAAAAAGAGAGGAUAUAAUUGAAUGGCCUUAAACUUGAAGUAAAUUUCAUCUAGUAGUGGAAGUGAACUUCCAUACCCUGCGGAACUAACAUUAUCAUAUCGUUAUAUAUGACAAGGACCAUAUGGUCCAUCAUUCUUCUAUGUAGAUCAGUAGAUGCCACGAUUUUAUUUUAUUUUAAAAAGGAUAUAUCCUUAUCCUCUUUCUUGGGAAACUAAAUUAUCCAUGAUCAAUCAAUUAACCACCUUUUACUUGCAUUGCAAGUAUAUUGGACUACUCUACUGUAUAAAUGGAAAGCCUUUGGCUAGCAAAACUUCACCUAGAAACACAACAAAUUAGUCAGAAGUGAACAAUGGCAACUGCAGCAGCUGGUAGAGGAGCCCAAUCCAUGAACUUCACGUAUUUCAAGCCAAUCCUGCGGAAAGCCUAUCACAGAAAAAGCACAUCGCCAGACACAAUUAGUGAUACAGUUAAACUAAAGAGUGAAGAUCAAGUGAAGUGCAACAAGAGUGUGAUGAAAAAUCAGGAUGAUAGUUGGUGGGUUCCAGAUGAUCGAACUGGAAUAUUUUAUCCAAAGGGACAAGAGAAAGUCAUUGAAGAUGUCCCCUCUGCUGCAGGAAGAGAUUUUGGUGCUGUUAAUUGGUUUUCUAACCAUGAAGAUUAUCUCUAAUUAAUUAAUUCCUCUUUAAUUUGUUGGAAAUGUA